AUGGGAAAACUCAUCAAGAACCACUGGGCCCGCCUCAUCGUUUUGAGUGCUGCAGCCUACCAAGUCUUGGCUGCCAUCGAGUGCUUCUUCUGGCCCAAGAUCUUCUGGGACUUCCUCACACGCUCUCUGGACGGCGCAGUAAAACCCGUUCCCGCUUUGCAGAUAAUAAAUCUGAUAUUUGGGCUGUCCAUGCUAUGUCUUGAAUGGCCUCUUAAUUUCGUCGCUGGUUCAGCCCUCCACCGCUCGCUUGAGUUCCGGCUGGCCAUCAUUCCGCUCACGGCACUCAGCGCUGCCCUCAUCUAUCAAGGCACAAACUCCGCUAUCUAUUAUCUCAUCGGCAUGGUCGUCUAUUUCUGGGGUUAUAGCGAAGGAGAGAUGAUAUGUGCAAAGCCUUGGACACUUCCCACUCGUGGACGCAGCGGCGGACAAUCUCGUGCAUAG